UCUAAUCUGCGGUUUGAAUUGGGACUACAUUGUUUACGUGUCACUGCAAAUUCAGUGCUGCGGUCUGCCUACGUCACGACAAAAAUUCUACGUCCGGGUCGCGUGACGUCAUCACAUUAAAUAAAUAUCGCCCUUCGCUCCACCUGCCGUGCACGCCUACGCGGUGUCAAUAUUUAUGUUCAGCCGGUCCCAAGUCAUGAUCGGAGGAAAGGCAACGGCGGUGCAGGCUGUGCACGAUGCGCGAUGGCCGAACGACUUUUAGUCGGGCUCUAAUCAAUAUUUCCACCGUCCAAAUUUAGUGGGUCAGCUACUCCCAUCGCAUUGCGGCCAGGGGGAUCAUCCCAGUUGGAUUUGCAUUGCAAAUCCCGCUCCAUCUCGACUUCUGUGUGGGAGAGUAGGUGGGGUGCCUCUGCCAUGGGCCAAGUCCGUUCGCGGCUCAAAAAGAUGGGAGCCGGGGUCUCGGCGGUGGAGAGCUUCACGGACCUGCAGAGGCGCGCCUCCGAGUCGGACGACGAGAGCGAGGACUACACGGUGAAACACCUGUUCCAGGCCGCCGAGAGGGGGGACCUGCGCACCCUGAAGAGAAUUGUGGAGGAGAACAGAAUACCCAUCGAUAUAACAGAUAACAGUGCGUGUACCCCACUGUUCAUGGCUGCGAAAGAUGGUCACCACGAAUGUGUUUCUCUGCUGCUGAGGCAGGGGGCUCUGGCAGAUGGUCUGCGAGAUGUGAGCUCGUCGUGGACCCCCCUGUGGAUCGCCUCCUCCGGUGGACAUACAGAAUGUGUCAGACUCCUCAUAGAUGCAGGUGCUAACCUGGAGUGCAAGUACCCAGAGACACCACUGUACGUGGCAACCAGGGAGGGCCACGCCCCUGUUGUCAAGCUGCUCCUUCAGGCUGGAGCACUGACAGAAUUUUCUGGAAUUCCCCACCAUUCCCUGAUCGAGGCGGCCAUGCACGGCCAUAGGGACUACCUGGAGUGCAUCCAUCUGAUUGCCUUGUCGGGAUGUGACUUAGAUGAACCUGUGAACCAGUACCAGCAGACUGCGCUGCAUCUCUGCAGUAUCAACAAGAAUGGAGCAUGCAUGAACACGUUGUUGGCACAUGGGGCAUCAGUCAACGUGACAUCAAACUACUUUCUUGUCGGUGUGACGCCAUUGCACUUGGCCACCAAGUCAGGAUGUGAACACUUGAUCAAGCUGUUGGUCACCCACGGGGCAGAUGUGUACCUUACGGAUGAGAAUGGGCGGAGGGCUUCUGACUGGGCUAACUCCGCUGGCAAAAAUACCGGCUGCUAUCGGUAUCUAAAAUAUGCAGAAAGUAACCCCCGGCCCCUGGUGUACCUGGCCAGGUGGGCCGUGCGGAAGACUCUGGGCAGGAAAAGACUGCAGCAUAUCAACGACCUGGCUGUCCCACCGAACCUGGUCAGCUUCCUCUGGUACAAGACCAACUGAUGGAGCAGGCAGCCAUCUUUACUAGUAUAUUUUCUGGCCUCACAGACUGCUGAAAAAAUGAUGAUAUUGAUUGGUCUGAUCAAGUCUGGGAGCACAGUAAGGAAGCUUAUUAAGAAUGCCAUGCAUUUUUGUGACUGCUCCAAGGAACAGAGAUUGGCUCUUGAAAUAGCCUAGAAGACUUCUUUCUUAAUUUGUGUAGCCUGAGAACAACAGGAAUAGAUAGAUGUGGCCUUCUGAAUGCCAGUAGUUUGUACCAACAACUUGAAUGGAAAUUUUCAAUAGGAUUGAAAUGUAUCUUGAUAUUUGAUACACAUGAGCUUGAUGGCACAACAUGUUAUCUAUCUAUGGACAACCCUCUUGCUGACAAGAGGCACCUUCCAGAAUAAUGCUGAUAAACAAUCACAUCAAAUGUGGGUGUUAUUCACAUGUAGCUUUUCUAAAUUGAUGUCUCUGGUGUGACUUGCAUAGUGAUGUCAAAUUUAGAGGAGGGAAAAUGAUCAUGUUUAUAAGUUUAAAAGGAUUGUAAGAAUUUUCAAAAAGAACUUGUCUUGGGUAGAUGCCAUUGACUUGAUUAACCUUAUAAAAACAUUACUAACAGAUGGCCGACUGAGCUGUUGAAUAUUUCCAACCGAACAUUAUGCAGUAACAUAAACAUGAAAAGCAUUUUUGUUCUGUUGUACUUUGCAACCUUACAGCUUUACAGUUCUGUAUUUGUGGAUGAUGAAUAUUGUUGCAUCAGCAAGAUUUGUAGAUUUACUUUUCCCUAAGGAAGCCAUGUUUAAACUGAUGUCCCAAGAUGGACCAGCAACAUACAUGUACUCUUCAAUCGUACAGCAUUACGAUUCUAUAUGUGGAUGAUGAAUAUUGUUGCAUCAGCAAGACUUUCUGUAGAUAUACUUUUCCCAAAGGAAUCCACUGUUAAGCCCAUGUCCCAAGAUGGACCUUGAAUGCUGGCAACUGAAACCAAAAACUGAAGGUCAGUCUGUAUUAUGUUAUCACAGAGAUUAUAAGUGAUCACACAAAUAUUCAUGCCAUGUCUCUUGAUCUUUACCUUGGCUUGGUUCAAGCAAUUAGCAUAGGUUGUUAGGAUUGAAAGAUGCCACCAUACAUACUGAAAACUGCAAUCAUGUAAUGAAGAUUAAUUCAAGGAUGGGUCAGCAUGCUAUUGUGCUGAAACCUGUGCACAUGUAGUGUUCUUUGCUGUGCUGGGCCACAUGGAAAAUUUACAAAACUCUUAUUUUUCAUCAGCCACAGGUCAUGAAUUAUUCAAAGUGGAUUUUCAGCUGCUUUGUAUUAUGUGUUAUGUAUGUCUGUAUUUUUUCUUCUUUUAGUGAUCAUUUUUCUAAAUCCAUAUGACCAAACCCUGAUGGACCGUUGUCUGUGGCUGUCUGCACUACUCUCUAGCCACAGCCACAGCCUGUAUUAUUAUAAAGCCAGAGAACCGUGGCAUACAUACUGCAUCAAGUACACCUGUUUUACCACCCCAUCCAUUUGAUAUGAAGAAAUUCAAUGUAGUCAUAGACUCAUAGAUACUUUUGAUGCAGUAACACCAAGUAUAGAACUUUGCUGACUACUUAUGCUAAAUUUUAAUACAUACAUAAUUACAU